CAUCCAAGGGGGGUGUGAGCUCGCCUCUCCCGGAGUCCCAGUUUAAAUGUUCGCUACCUUCACCGCCAGCCUGAGCUCUUAACGCCGCAGAAGCAUCUUCAAGUCCCCGUUGAGAAUACAACUAAUCCAGCCUGACUUUAACCCAGCCAAGCUUGAGCCAUGUGCGGGAUUUUUGCUUACCUAAACCAUCAAGUGCCUCGCACCAGGAAGGAGAUAUUUGAGACCUUAAUCAAGGGGCUGCAGAGACUAGAGUACAGAGGCUACGAUUCAGCAGGUAUUGCCGUGGAUGGAAAAAGCAAGGAUAACUCUGACAUCAAUGGCAAAUCCAUCUGUUUAAUCAAGAAGACAGGCAAGGUCAAGAAUCUCGACGAGGAGCUCUACAAGAAAGACUCCCUCGACCUGGAUGAGGAAAUGUGCACACAUUUCGGCCUCGCACACACUCGCUGGGCCACACAUGGAGAACCGAGCGCUCUCAACAGCCACCCCCAUCGUUCUGAUAACAAUAAUGAGUUUGUUGUGAUCCACAACGGCAUCAUCACCAACUACAAGGAACUGAAGGCCUAUUUGAUUGCCAAAGGAUAUGUAUUUGAGUCCGAGACGGACACAGAAGUGAUCCCAAAGUUGAUCAAAUAUGUUUACGACAACCGAGAGGACGACGGCAUCAGCUUCUCCACGCUGGUGGAGAGAGUCAUUCAGCAGCUGGAGGGAGCCUUUGCUCUGGUGUUUAAAAGCCGCCAUUACCCAGGAGAGGCCGUGUGUGCCAGGAGAGGAAGUCCGUUGCUCAUUGGUGUACGAAGCGAGCAUGAGCUGUCAACUGAACACAUCCCCGUCCAGUACAAGGGUGCUCUCCUAAAGGAAGACAUCAAGGAAAAGAACGACCAUAACCGCCAAGACAGCGAUAUUAACGCUGUAGGGGAUGGCAGGGCUGUGGAGUAUUACUUUGCCUCUGAUGCCAGCGCCAUUAUCGAGCACACCAACAAGGUGUUGUACCUGGAGGACGAUGACAUUGCUGUGGUGAGAGGAGGGCAACUUUCCAUCCACAGGAUGAACCGGCAGGCAGGUGAAGACCCUGUUCGGGCCAUCAAGACCCUUAAAAUGGAGCUGCAGCAGAUCAUGAAAGGAAACUUUGAUUCCUUCAUGCAGAAAGAGAUCUUUGAGCAGCCAGAGUCAGUAGUGAACACGAUGAGAGGUCGAAUUUGUUUUGACUCCAACACUGUGAUUCUCGGAGGACUGAAGGACCACCUGAAGGAAAUCAAACGCUGCAGAAGGCUAAUCCUGAUUGGCUGUGGCACGAGUUUCCAUGCUGCUGUUGCUACCAGACAGAUCCUGGAAGAGCUGACAGAACUGCCUGUCAUGGUGGAACUGGCGAGCGACUUCCUGGACCGCAAUACACCAGUUUUCAGAGAUGACGUCAGCUUCUUCAUCAGCCAGUCAGGAGAGACAGCAGACACCUUGAUGGCCUUACGUUACUGUAAGGACAGAGGUGCUCUCACAGUGGGUAUAACCAACACUGUGGGCAGCUCCAUUUGCAGGGUGACAGACUGUGGAGUCCACAUUAAUGCUGGGCCCGAGAUUGGAGUAGCAAGUACCAAGGCGUACACCAGUCAGUUUGUUGCCCUCAUGAUGUUCGGCCUGAUGAUGAGUGAAGACAGGCUCUCCCUGCAAAAGAGAAGACUGGAGAUCAUUGACAGCCUCAAGGACCUACCUGAGCUGAUCAAACAGGUCUUGUCUCUGGAUGGAAAGAUUAAGACCAUCGCGGAGGAGCUUUACCAACAAAAAUCUCUCCUGGUUAUGGGCCGUGGUUUCAAUUAUGCCACAUGCCUGGAGGGGGCACUGAAAAUUAAGGAGAUCACCUACAUGCACUCAGAAGGCAUCCUGGCGGGCGAGCUGAAGCACGGCCCUCUGGCCCUCAUCGACAAACACAUGCCAGUCAUCAUGAUCAUCAUGAAGGAUGCCUGCUAUGCCAAGUGUCACAACGCCCUGCAGCAGGUCACUGCUAGAUCGGGCAGGCCCAUCAUCUUGUGUUGCCAGGACGAUACCGAGGUGAUCGGUGAUGCCUAUCAGACCAUCGAGCUGCCGCGUACUGUGGACUGCCUGCAGGGCGUCCUCAGUGUCAUCCCCCUGCAACUCUUGUCCUUCCACUUGGCCGUCUUGCGAGGAUAUGAUGUGGACUGUCCCAGAAACCUUGCCAAGUCCGUCACGGUGGAAUGAAGACAAAUCACUCCGCACAGGAGAGGAGGAAGGAGGCGUGAAGCUUUGCAGUGCAAUUCUUAAUUCUCUGAAUGUUUGCCUGGACUUGUGUGUGUGUGUGUGUGUGUGUGUGUGUGUGUGUGUGUGUGUGUGUGUGUGUGUGUGUGUGU